AUGGCUUCGGAAAAUGAAAUCACUGCCCUAGCAGUGCACUCUAACAAGGAAGACCUAACGACUGAAACCAACGUGGCUAACAAGGAUGAGCCACUCUACUCCGAGACCACGACCAAUCGCCGCAAUCCCGUCGGAUCACGACUGGGCUCCAUCAUUAGAUCUUUUGAGAACCAGCUCGUCGAGUAUAACCUGGAAGCACGGGGCAUUGAAAGAGUUGGUGUGGAUGAGCGCAUGAAGCGCAACACGUGGAUGUCGUAUCUGCAAGUCUUCUUGCUUUGGAUCUCCAUCAACCUUGCGCCCAAUAACAUUACCCUCGGGAUGUUAGGGCCUGCCGUGUAUGGUCUCAGCUUUCGGGACUCGGCACUUUGUGCUGUUUUUGGCGCCUGUCUUGGUUCCAUCGUCUCCUCUUGGAUGGCCACGUGGGGUCCUGUUUCCGGGAUUCGGACACUGGCCUUUGGAAGGUAUUCGAUGGGAUGGUGGCCUAGCAAGAUCAUUGUUCUAUUGAACCUCGUUCAGAUGAUCGGAUAUGGCUUGAUCGAUUGUGUUGUUGGCGGGCAAAUCUUGUCUGCUGUCUCCCCUGGCGGCAUGUCCGUAGCUGUCGGUAUCGUGAUCGUCGCGGUUCUCAGCUGGGCUGUGGCUACGUUCGGCAUCCAAGUCUUCCACUAUUAUGAACGGUUCGCCUUUUUACCCCAAGUAAUUGUGGUCUUCAUCCUUUUCGGGGUGUCAUCCGUGAAAUUUGACUUGUCAACCGCUUCUAUCGGCGACUCUAGGACCAUAGCUGGCAAUAGGCUAUCCUUCUUCUCCAUCUGUGUGAGCGCUGCAAUCACCUACGCCCCACUAGCAGCAGACUUCUUUGUCUACUACCCCGAAAACACCUCUCGCGUGAAGCUAUUCAGUCUAAGCCUGGCUGGCCUGCUCGUAUCCUUCACUAUGGCUCUAGUCUCCGGCGUCGGGCUGGCCUCGGGCAUCUCCACACACCCAGAGUACGCCGCCGCCUACGAGCAAGGCCAAGGAGCACUAAUCGUCGAAGGAUUCGGCCCGCUACACGGCUUCGGCAAAUUCUGCUCUGUCAUCUGCGCCUUAGGCCUGAUCGCCAAUACCGUCGCGCCCACUUACUCCUCCGGUAUCGACUUCCAGAUCCUCGGUCGCUAUGCUGAGGCAGUACCGCGCGUCAUCUGGAAUACCAUUGCUGUCAUUAUCUAUACCGUCUGCGCGCUGGUUGGCCGCAGCAACCUCUCUGAGAUCUUCACCAAUUUCCUCGCUUUGAUGGGCUACUGGGUUGUCAUCUGGAUUGCUAUUGUUCUUGAGGAGCGGUUCAUCUUCCGUCUUCGCACUGGGUACAACUGGGCGAUCUGGCGGGAUCCUUCAAAGCUGCCCCUUGGAAUUGCGGCUUUCAUCGCCUUUAUUGUUGGUUGGGUGGGCGCCGUAUUGUGUAUGGCGCAGGUGUGGUACAUCGGACCCAUUGCCAAAUUGGUCGGCGAAUACGGAGCUGAUAUGGGAAUCUACGUUGGGUUCUGUUGGACUGUCCUUGUUUACCCUCCCCUCAGACUUAUCGAACUUCGCUUCGUGGGUCGUUAG